AAAUAUCUAAAUUUCAGCUGCUGCAACUGGAUAUUCUCAACCGAAAGGAAGUAGACCGGCGCCAACCCAGACAGAUCUAGAACAUUCCCCACAAUGGCCAAGAUCCUGCAGGUGGCAGUGAUGUUUGGCAGCUCCAAGCUGGCCAACAGCAAUUUUUCAUAUGAUGAUAUGUCCAACGGAGUGGAGCCGAUUCCACAGAUGAAGCGGGAGCUGCCCACGCGCAAGUUUUGCCUGGACGCCUUCAAAUCGAACAUGUACGAUGUCCUCAUUAUUGGCGGCGGCGCAGUGGGAGCCGGUUGCGCCCUGGAUGCGGCCACGCGGGGCCUUAAAACGGCCCUAGUCGAGGCCGACGACUUUGGCAGCGGCACUUCUUCCAAGUCCAGCAAGCUGUUGCACGGCGGCUUCAGGGACUUGGAACAGGCGAUAAGGCGCUUCGAUCGUGCCGCCUUUCGGCGCGUGCAGAGCUCUCUGAUGGAACGAAGCAGUAUUGGGAAUCUGGCGCCGCAUCUCAACCAGCCAGUGCCAAUCAUGCUUCCAAUACAUCACUGGUGGCAGGCCCCCCUCUACUACCUGGAGCUAAGCUUGUACCACAUGCUGGCUCCUAAGGGAACAAAGAGCUUCCAGUAUGUCAGCGCCGAGGAGGCUGUGGAUAUAUUUCCAAUAAUGCGAAGAGGGGAUCUCUUUGGAGCCUUUAUCUUCUACGAGAAGCAGUAUGACGAUGCCCGCAUGUGCCUCUCAGUGGCAUUGACGUCGGCCCGCUACGGAGCAGACAUCUGCAACCACAUGAAAGUCGAAAAUCUGAUCAAGAACAAGGAUGGAAAUAUUGGCGGCGCCAAGGCCGUUGACCAGCUGACGGGCAAGUCCUACAAGAUAAGGGCGAAGAUUGUCAUAAAUGCCACCGGACACUUGAGCGACAGCGUGCGCUUGAUGGAGGAUCCCUUGGCAGAGCCGCUAUGCACUAGCAGCUGGGGUUCUAUUGCCGUCUUUCCGCGUUUCUACUGUCCCGAGAAUGUCGGCGUCUUCGAUCCCCACACGAAAAAUGGUGGUUCGAUAUUCUUUCUUCCCUGGCAGGGACACACUCUCGUGGGAACCAGCAACGAAGUCUUCGAUGAGCCUGGAAAUACGUCUGUACAGCCGCAGCCGUCGGAGCGAGAAGUGCAGUGCCUGCUGGACGGAAUCAAGCAUUUUGUCAGCCCCAACUUCGAUGUGCGCCGGUGCGACGUUCUUGCUGUUUGGGGCGCCUUCAAGGCAAUGCCGGUCGAAUCGGCAUCACUGAAUAACACCCUACUGAAGAAUCACGUCGUCAAUGUGGGUCCCAGGAACAUGGUCUCCAUUGUGGGCGGCACCUGGUCCUCGUUUCGCAUGCUGGCCGAAAAGGCCGUCAAUGCUGCCAUUAAAUACGGCAAUUUAGACGUUCUCCGCCCACAUUCGGUAACGGCGGACGCUUGCAAGCUUGAUGGAGCCAAUGGGUGGUCGCCAAGGAUGUUCAUACGGUUGGUGCGGGACUUCGGCAUGGAGCGUGAUGUCGCCGAACAUCUCUCGAACACGUACGGCUCCAAUGCCUUCAAGGUGGCCGUCAACGCCACCAGUAGCGGCAAAGGUUGGCCCAUAGUCGGAAAGAGGCUACACUCGGAGUUUCCCUACAUAGAGGCCGAUGUAAAGCAGGGCGUGAGAGACUAUGCCUGCACACUGGUCGAUAUGGUGGCCCGCCGGCUGCGCGUGGCAUUCCUCAAUGUGCAGGUGGCGGACGAGAUCCUGCCACAGGUAGCGAACGUUAUGGGCCGCGAGCUGAAGUGGUCCAACGAGCGCAAGGCCAAGGAGAUUGACGAUGCGCGCAGAUUUCUCAAUACCCAAAUGGGCCAGCUGAGCGAGGAUCCCAUCCAUCUCAGCGUCCCCAUUAAGAUGUCAGUGCAGCAGGUACAGAAAUAUGUGACGCACUUCAGGAGCCUAGAGGAGAACAACACCGGCUACGUGACAAUCAACAACUGCUGCAAGGCGAUGAAGGCGAUGGGUGUCAAGGAAGUGCCCGUCGAUCUGAUGCACAACGUCCUACGCGACAUCGACUGCCACGCACAGGGAAAAGUCAAUCUGUACGAGUUCCUGCUGCUCAUGUCGGCCGUAGUUCAAGGGGAUACCGAAUACCUGCGCUACGCCAAGAUUUGUAUAGAUCAAAAGCUUAUGUCUGUAAGCAACCACCAUCCCCAUACAGUACCAGUGGAGCGGGCAUGCGGUGGACUUUAACACUCUGUAGGCUAGCACGUUGUUAAUGCUUGUGGUAUCAAUCCUUGUAGAGUAUUUCACGUAGGAACGGAUCCUUUGGGACCGAGACCAUAAAUAUAAUUUAUUUGAAGUAUUCCAAUUCACA